GUUUAGAGGAAAGAAAAAGAGAAGAUAGAGUGAGUGAGUUAAGGUUAGAAAUUAGAACUUAGAAAGCAGGGAAAAGAAAAAGAAAGACAUGUUUUGGUUUGGUUGUAUUUGAUUUCCAUGUGAAUGCGAUGGCACCUAUCCUUCUAACUCGCCCUCCUCUGCUUCGCUUCAUGGCCUCUUGCUUCUUCACCGUCUCUUCCUUUCACCCUCAUUCCUCUUCUCUUCUUUCCCCCCUCUCCAAACCCAGGAUAAGCUUUCCUCUCAGAAAAUUGUGGAUUCCACGUUCGGUACAUAAUGCAGUCACUCCGAGGGCGUUUAUGUCUUCUGCCUCGACAGCUGAAGCCUUUCAGAAAAAUGAAAGUUCCAAAGCUUAUGGUUCUGAUCAAAUUCAGGUGCUUGAAGGAUUGGACCCUGUAAGAAAAAGGCCUGGAAUGCAUAUUGGAAGCACUGGCCCACGUGGGUUGCACCAUUUGGUGUAUGAAAUUUUGGAUAAUGCUGUUGACGAAGCUCAAGCUGGAUUUGCUUCCAAGAUAGAUGUUAUUUUACUUGCAGAUGAUUCUGUGAGCAUCACGGACAAUGGUCGUGGGAUUCCUACUGACUUGCAUCCAGUUACAAAUAAAUGUGCCUUGGAGACAGUGUUGACGGUCUUGCAUGCCGGUGGAAAAUUUGGUGGUGCCAAUAGUGGUUACUCUGCUUCAGGUGGUUUACAUGGCGUUGGUUUGUCUGUUGUUAAUGCAUUAUCUGAGUCAUUAGAGGUAACAGUUUGGCGUGAUGGAAUGGAAUACAUGCAAACAUAUUCUCGUGGAAAACCAGUGACAAUUCUGAAAUGCCUUGUGCUUCCAGAUGAAAAGAAAGAUCUUCAAGGCACACGUAUCAGAUUUUGGCCUGACAAAGAAGUAUUCACCACUGCUAUUCAGUUUGAUUACAAUACAAUAGCUGGAUGCAUUAGGGAGUUAGCUUUCCUCAACCCAAAGCUUACUAUCACACUUUGGAAAGAGGACAAUGAUCCAGAAAAAGUUGAAUAUAAUGAAUAUUUCUAUGCUGGGGGGUUGGUUGAAUAUGUGAAAUGGCUUAACACUGAUAAGAAAGCUCUGCUUGAUGUGCUGAGUUUUAGAAAAGAAACAGAUGGCAUCACAAUUGAUAUAGCUUUUCAGUGGUGUGAAGAUGCAUAUUCAGAUACAGUACUGGGAUAUGCUAAUAGCAUAUGCACUAUUGAUGGUGGCACUCAUAUCGAUGGUAUGAAUGCUUCUAUAACAAGAACAUUGAAUAGUCUUGGAAAUAAGUCCAACGUUAUCAAGGAUAAGGAUAUUACUCUAAGUGGUGAGCAUGUAAGAGAGGGUCUAACAUGUGUUGUCUCAGUCAAGGUCUCAAAUCCAGAGUUUGAAGGACAAACAAAGUUAGGAAAAGGAAAUCCAGAGGUGCAAAAAGUGGUUGAUCAAUCUAUUCAUGACUACCUUACUGAGUAUUUGGAAUUGCAUCCAGAUGUUCUUGAUUCUGUACUUUCUAAAGCUCUUAAUGCUUUCAAGGCAGCUUUGGCAGCAAAAAGAGCAACGGAAUUGGUGAGACAAAAGAGUGUAUUAAGAUCUUCAUCUCUUCCAGGAAAACUAGCUGAUUGUUCGUCCACAAAUCCUGAAGAUUGUGGUAUAAAUAAGCAAAGAAUUGAGAAUGGUUGGGAAGCGCAGAGAAAGAGGAUGGAAUUGCAUGGCCUAGCUCGCACAUUUCAGUCAUAGUCCUCCAUUUGUGAAGGGAGACAACUCCACGUGGCAUUCCUUAAAACUGGUAUUCUUAAUUCCUCCCUCGCUAUUGCGAACCGGCUUCUCCAGUUAUACUCAGGCCACGGCUGUCUCCACGAUGUGUCCAACUUGUUUGAUGAAAUGCCCCACACAAAUGCUUUCUCAUGGAACACACUCAUCCAAGCUUACCUCAACUCAGGUGCCACCCACAUGUCCCUCCACUUGUUCCAUGCCAUGCCUCACAAGACUCACUACUCCUGGAACAUGGUCGUUUCUUCAUUUGCCAAGUGUGGUCACCUUCAACUAGCUCAUUCUCUCUUCAAUGCCAUGCCCUCAAAGAACCACCUUGUCUGGAAUUCCAUCAUUCAUGGUUAUUCCCGACAUGGGCAUCCGAGGAAAGCACUGUUCCUAUUCAAGAACAUGAAUUCUGACCCCUUGCAAAUGGUGUACCGGGAUGCUUUUGUGUUGACAACUGUUCUUGGCGCUUGUGCUGAGUUAUUGGCUCUCAACUGUGGGAAACAAGUCCAUGCACGUGUUUUCAUUGAUGGCCUGGGAUUGGAAGAACUUGACAAGGUCUUGUGCAGCUCACUGAUUAAUUUGUCUGGGAAAUGUGGUGAUUUGGAUAGUGCUGCUCGUGUUAUGAGUUUUGUGAGGGGAGUGGAUGAUUUCUCUUUGUCAGCUUUGAUAUCUGGUUACGCAAAUGCCGGAAGAAUGGGAGAGGCAAGAAGGGCUUUUGAGAGUAAGGUUGAUCCAUGUGCUGUGUUGUGGAACUCCAUUAUUUCGGGUUAUGUAUCCAAUGGUGAGGAAAUAGAAGCCUUGGUUCUUUUCAAUAGAAUGCACAGGAAUGGAGUUUGGGGAGAUAUCUCUGCCGUUGUUAACAUUUUGAGUGCAAGUAGUAGCUUACUUCUUAUUGAACUUGUUCAGCAAAUGCAUGCCUUUGCUUGUAGAGCUGGGGUAAUUCAUGAUAUAGUGGUUGGUGGUGCUCUACUUGAUGCCUACUCCAAGUGUCAAAGCCAUUAUGAAGCUUGCAAGUUGUUCAGUGAGCUCAAAGCUUAUGAUAUAAUGUUGCUUAAUACUAUGAUCACUGUGUAUUCUAAUUGUGGAAGAAUCGAAGAUGCAAAACAGAUUUUUAACACAAUGUCUAGUAAAACCUUAAUUUCAUGGAAUUCAAUCCUAGUUGGCCUGACUCAGAAUGCGUGUCCAAGUGAAGCAUUAGAUAUUUUUUGUCAGAUGAAUAAGCUGGACUUGAAAAUGGACAAGUUUAGCUUUUCCAGUGUUGUCAGUGCUUGUGCCAGCAAAUCAUUCCUUGAGCUUGGUGAGCAGGUCUUUGGUAAAGCUAUUACCCUUGGGCUUGAAUCUGACCGGAUAAUUUCUACUUCCCUUGUUGAUUUUUAUUGUAAAUGUGGUUUUGUUGAGAUAGGGCGUAAAGUUUUUGAUGGAAUGAUGAAAUCUGAUGAAGUUUCAUGGAAUACAAUGUUGAUGGGAUAUGCCACAAAUGGAUAUGGUUUUGAAGCAUUGACACUCUUUAGCGAAAUGAGGUGCAGUGGUGUGAGGCCUUCUGCUGUUACUUUUACUGCAGUUCUUUCAGCCUGUGAUCAUAGUGGUCUGGUUGAAGAGGGAAGAAAUUUGUUCCAAAAUAUGAAGCAUAACUAUAAUAUAACUCUGGGGAUUGAACAUUACUCUUGUAUGGUUGACCUUUUUGCACGAGCUGGUUGCUUUGAGGAAGCAAUGAAUCUUAUUGAAGAGAUGCCUUUUCAGGCUGAUGCAAACAUGUGGCUGUCAGUACUGCGAGGCUGCAUAGCCCAUGGAAACAAGAGCAUUGGCAAGAUGGCUGCAGAGAAAAUUAUUCAGCUUGAUCCUGAAAAUCCAGGUGCUUAUAUACAAUUAUCUAACAUUCUUGCAUCUACUGAGGACUGGGAAGAAUCAGCACAAGUAAGAGAGUUGAUGAGAGGUAAGCAUGUUCAGAAGAUUCCUGGUUGCAGUUGGGCCGAUUGUUGAAUGAGAAACUCUGCUAACACUGUUGUAUGGAGCUCAAUCCGAGGGUGGACAACUCCUGAUUGAAAUAAGCUUGAAACCACUAUUAGUUUCCUGGACUCUUGGGCUGUUUGUAGCUUUGACUGAUUUCAAGAGAAUGAACAGCUCAAAAGUACAUGGCUUGAGUUUAAUUGAGUCUGUUUUUCACUAACAGUGUUGUGAAUGAUCUAGCAGAAGGCUGGGGCCUGGGAGCACAACAUUUUACUCAAACACGUAAUGCCUUGAGUGUUGAACUGUUAACUGCCUAAAAUUGGAAAAAGAAAUUGGCACUUAGAUGUCAUAUUCUUUUGGUCAUGUGACAUAAAUAUAACCAGCAAACAAAGAAUGUAACGCUGUUACACCGUUGGCCUGAGUUUAGUGCUUGUAUGGAGCUCAAUUCCAAGGUUCAUUUUAUGUAGUCAAGAAAACUUGCAGUUGUUGGAUACAUUAUCUCAACUGAAUUUGAUAUUGAUGGGAGAGGAAAUGUGUCAUAUGAUUGUACCAUAGCAAUCUUCUUCCUAUGCUAAGACUAAGAGCACUGCCCAGUUGUGAUUUGGGUGUAAAUUUGGAGCACAACUAAUAUUAGUGAACGUUGGUCUUUGCAGAUUGUUGCAAAUAUUACAGGAAAUUGCGUUGGGGUGCAGAAAACUAUCUGGUUGGAGCAAAGCCUCUGAUCUGACUUACAACGCAUAUUUGGAAUUAUAUGCAAAUGCUGGUUCCUUUCAUUUGCUACUGCUAUCUAUUGUAUGCAGAAGUUUCGGGAUGUUAAGCCUCCGUAAAAGUUGCAUCAGGAGUUGGAACGAAAUACUGAAGUUGAGGAACCAGGGUAAAACUUUCUUAUUUGAAAUUGCACAUGAUUGCUAUAAUUUUGUUCUCAAUUUUUUUGUUUCCUAUUGGAAGGCUUGUACAUUGAUAUGGCACAAGAAUAAUAACUGAGGCUAAUAACCUACCGGUUGCAAUACUUUUUUUUCGUCCUAUGAGAGGAUGGAAUUGGCUUCCUGCUUGAUCAGUGGUAUUAUUUCUUCACUUGUGUUUGUUGGCACGACAAAAUCUUGUACAUUUGGCUGGAGCGUUGGGAAUUGAGGUAAAUUUCAUUAUUCCCACACAUGGGAUGCUAUUAGAAAAUCUCAUUGUUGGCAACUGACGUGAGGCAAUAUGUGUAUUGUACUUCAAUUGUAGUUUAACCAGAAGACUAAUAUACUCGCAAAAAUGUUGCAAAUAUUGGUUGUCUUAGAGCUACACAGGAUUAGGAUGGUUCAGUUGAGUGCUCACAGAAACUUUACUAUUGUAUACAAAUAAACCUAAUCCAAUAGGGGUUGACACCAAUGUUAGAUAGGUUGACUUAACUAUAAUAAGAAGGUUGCUGUAUUGUCUUGAUUGUCGAAAAAAAGCAUUUAUUUUACUUUACUGGCUUAUUGUUAUAUGAAGGAAUUUGGAUCCUCUUAUAU